CAGUGGGCUUAUAAAAAACCAACAGUGCCCAAGCACAUCAGCAAUGCAGGCUGCAGCAUCUCGAAUCCUCACUCCAUUCCAUUCGUCUUAAUAAUCACCAGCUAUUAGUCCAAGCAUCACCGGAAGGAGAUGUAUGCUUCAUCUUCCCUGAGAAAUCGCCCUGCUCUUGUCGCUCUAGUGUUGCUGAUCACCACCAGCCUCCUGCAGCAGCCGGCCUCUGCUGCGAAAAAGUCCUACGUCGUCUACCUCGGCGGCCACUCGCAUGGCAGGGAGGGCGCCGCGCUGGCAUCCAGCCAGGAGCGCGCCAGGAGCUCCCACCACGCGCUCCUGGGCGCCGUCCUGCGCAGCGAGGAGAGGGCGAAGGACGCCAUCUUCUACUCGUACACCAGGUACAUCAACGGCUUCGCCGCGACGCUGGAGGAAGACGAGGCGGCGGAGAUCUCGAAGCAUCCGAGCGUCGUCUCCGUGUUCCCGAACAGGGGGCACCGGCUGCACACGACGCGCUCGUGGGAGUUCCUUGGGAUGGAGAAGGAUGGCCGGGUGAGGGCCAGCUCCAUCUGGGCCAAAGCGAGGUUCGGCGAAGGCAUCAUCAUCGGCAAUCUGGACACUGGGGUGUGGCCGGAGGCCGGCAGCUUCAGCGACGACGGCAUGGGCCCGGCGCCGGCCGGGUGGCGGGGAAUCUGCCAGGACCAGCAGGCCUCUGACGACGCGCAGGUUCGGUGCAACAGGAAGCUGAUCGGUGCACGGUUCUUCAACAAGGGGUACCUGGCGACCGUUGGGCAGCAGGUGAACCCGGCGAGCACGCGGGACACGGACGGGCACGGCACGCACACGCUCUCCACGGCGGCCGGCCGGUUCGUGCCGAGGGCCAAUCUCUUCGGGUACGGCAACGGCACGGCCAAGGGCGGCGCGCCGGGGGCGCACGUCGCGGCGUACAAGGUGUGCUGGCGCCCCGUGAACGGCAGCGAGUGCUUCGACGCCGACAUCAUCGCGGCGUUCGACGCGGCCAUCCACGACGGGGUGCACGUGCUCUCCGUGUCGCUGGGGGGCGCUCCCGCCGAGUACUUCAGGGACGGCGUGGCCAUCGGGUCGUUCCACGCGGUAAGGAACGGCGUCACCGUGGUCUCCUCGGCCGGGAACUCGGGCCCCGGCGCCGGCACGGUGUCGAACACCGCGCCGUGGCUCGUGACCGUCGGCGCCAGCACCAUGGACAGGGAGUUCCCCGCGUACCUGGUCCUCGGCAACAAGAAGCGGAUCAAAGGGCAAAGUCUCUCGCCGGUGCGCCUCCCUGACAACAAGUACUACCGGCUGAUCAGCUCAGAGGAAGCAAAAACCACCAAUGCGACAGCAACGCAGGCGAAACUGUGCAUCGAGGGAUCGUUGGACAAGGCGAAAGUCGAGGGGAAGAUCGUCGUGUGCAUCCGUGGGAAGAACGCGCGGGUGGAGAAAGGCGAGGCCGUUCGCCGGGCCGGCGGGGUUGGCCUGGUGCUGGCGAACGACGAGGCCAGCGGAAACGAGGUGAUCGCCGAUGCGCACGUGCUCCCGGCCACGCACGUCACCUAUUCUGAUGGAGUCACGUUAUCGGCCUACCUGAAUUCAAACAGGUCUGCGUCAGGCUACAUCACCAUCCCAAACACCGCGCUGGACACGAAGCCGGCGCCUUUCAUGGCCGCCUUCUCCUCGCAAGGGCCCAACACCGUCACCCCUCAGAUCCUCAAGCCUGACAUCACCGCUCCGGGGGUCAGCAUCCUCGCGGCCUUCACCGGCCUGGCGGGGCCGACCGGCCUCGCCUUCGACGGCCGCCGCGUCCUCUUCAACGCCGAGUCGGGCACCUCCAUGUCGUGCCCGCACGUCGCUGGCAUCGCCGGCCUCCUCAAGGCUCUCCACCCCGAGUGGAGCCCCGCCGCGAUCAAGUCGGCGAUCAUGACGACCGCCCGAGUGCAGGACAACAUGAGGAAGCCGAUGAGCAACUCGUCGUUCCUCCGCGCGACGCCGUUCGGCUACGGCGCCGGCCACGUACAGCCCAGCCGCGCCGCGAACCCGGGCCUCGUCUACGACGCGAACGCCACGGACUACCUGGGCUUCCUCUGCGCGCUGGGCUACAAGCCCUCGGUGAUCGCCACGUUCAUGGCCGGCGCCGGCCAGCACCAGCCGCGCGCGUGCCCAGCGCGGGCCCCGCGGGCAGAGGACCUCAACUACCCGUCCGUCGCGGUCCCGCACCUGUCCCCCACCGGUGCAGAGCACACCGUCACGAGGAGGGCGAGGAACGUCGGAGCCGGCGCGACCGCGUACGACGCGAGGGUCGCCGAGCCGCACGGCGUGGCGGUGGAUGUGCGGCCCAGGCGGCUCGAGUUCUCCGCGGCGGGGGAGGAGAAAGAGUUCACCGUCACGUUCAGGGCCAAGAAAGGGUUCUUCUUGCCAGGGGAGUACGUGUUCGGGCGUCUGGUCUGGUCGGACGGCGCCGGGGAGCACCGCGUGAGGAGCCCCCUUGUGGUGAGGGUCGCCGACACGAGGAAGAAGAAGAGUCGUCUUUCGAUAGCUUGAUGAGCUCUGUUAGGAUCCCAUGCAUAUGGCGGUGACCAAAGAAGGUUGGAUUGGUGAAGAACAAUAUAAUGCUGCACUGUGCUUCUGUGCUAUGCCAGCUUAUGUCUUAGGAGUGAUAACAAAGUAUCAAAAAUGAAGUGUAAAGUUUUCCUGAUUUGCUAUGCAUCCUGAAGAAAGAGCAA